AUGACUAUGAAAGUGACAUCAAAAACCUUUAUACGCAAAACCAAGCGUGGUAAUAUUUUAAAGAUUGUACGCGAACACUACUUAAGAGAUGACAUAGGUUGUGGCUCAAAAAUAUGCAAGAAGUGCAAGCACAACAGCGAACGACCACUCGUCAAACACCAAUCUAUUAACACCGAUUUCCAAGACAAACAUUAUUUAUUAGUAGAUACAAAUGUAGUUUUGCAUCAGAUUGAUGCUCUGGAAGAUGAAACUUUGAAGAAUGUCAUUAUUUUACAAACUGUACUUGAAGAAGUCAAACAUCUCAGUCAUAGUGUUUAUAAACGUUUAAUGGAUAUUAUAGGAAAUUAUUCUAGAAGUUUUUAUGUGUUUGUUAAUGUUUAUCAUAAGGAUACAUAUGUUGAACGUGUUCGAGGAGAAAGUCCAAAUGAUUACAAUGACCGUAUGAUUAGGGUAGCAGCUCUUUGGUAUAAUAAACAUUUGGACGAUAAGAUAAAAGUAUUAUUAUUAUCCAGUGAUGAAGCUAGUAAGGCUAAAGCAAUUAAUGAAGGAAUACCUACAAUGUCGCUCGCACAAUAUGUUAGUGGGUUAAACAAUGUUACAUUAACCGAUAAACUGUCCAAUCACUCUUGUAUGGUAGAAGAAACAAGUAAAGAACCAAUUUUCCCUCCUCAUUUGACCCCAGCAAAAAUACAUCAGGGCAUAAAGGCUGGAAAACUAAUGCAGGGCACAUUUUUUGCGUCUGUUGAUAAUUUUCUUGAAGGAAAUGUUUUUGUGGAAGGACAAGAAAAGAAUAUAUUGUUGCAAGGCAGAGAAAAUUUAAAUCGGGCCAUUAAUGGUGAUAUUGUUGCCAUUCAAAUGCUUCCAGAAAGUCAAUGGAGUGCACCUGCUAAUUUAGUUCUAGCAGAUUAUGAUGAUUUGGACUUGGAAAAUAAUUUAAAUACUGUUGAAAAGCCGAAAGAAAAGUAUCCAACAGGUCAAGUGGUUGGAAUAAUACGAAAAAAAUGGAGACAGUAUUGUGGGAUCAUCCAACAUAGUCUUGUUGAAAAUGCAACUCGGCAUUUAUUCGUACCAGCAGAAAAGAAGAUUCCAAAAAUAAGAAUAGAAACUAGACAGUAUGACAAAUUAAAAGAUCAACGUGUUAUUGUUUCCAUUGAUACAUGGCCAAGAAAUUCAAGAUAUCCAUUGGGCCAUUUUGUGAGGUCGCUUGGAAAAAUUGGUGAAAGAGAAGCUGAAAACGAAGUUAUAUUAUUAGAACAUGAUGUCCCGCACAGUAAAUUUUCAGAUGAAGUCUUAGGGUGUUUACCAAAAGAAACAUGGACUAUUAGUGCCACAGACUUAGUGGGCAGAAAAGAUUUUCGUGAACUGGAUAUUUGUUCGGUUGACCCUCCAGGUUGUACAGAUAUAGAUGAUGCAUUACAUUGUAUGCCUUUGGACAAUGGCAAUUUCCAGGUUGGUGUGCACAUUGCAGAUGUUACUCAUUUUGUUAAACCUGGUACAGCCAUAGAUCUAGAAGCCAGCCAACGUGCCACUACUGUGUAUCUAACUGGAAGACGUAUUGAUAUGGUUCCAGGCUUAUUGAGUUCAAACUUAUGUUCUUUAAGAGGAGGAGAAGAACGUUUGGCAUUUUCUUGUGUCUGGGAGAUGACUCCAAAUGCAGACAUUGUUAAUAGUACUUAUACAAAAAGUGUUAUUAAGUCAAAAGCAGCUAUGACUUACGAUCAAGCACAGUUAAUAAUUGACGAUCAGAACCAAGAUAAUUCUAUUGCUCUGGGAUUGAGACAGCUUAAUAAAUUUGCAAAGAUUCUUAAAAAACGUCGUAUUGAAGCUGGAGCAUUGGUCUUGGCCUCACCUGAAAUUCGUUUCCUCGUAGACAGUGAAACAAGAGAUCCAUUGGACGUAGAAGUAAAACAGUUAAAAGAAACCAAUUCAAUGGUAGAAGAAUUUAUGUUGUUAGCUAACGUAGAAGUUGCAAAAAAGAUACACUCAGAUUUUCCAGAAUUUGCAGUUUUAAGACGUCAUCCUAAGCCACCACCUUCAAACUUCGAGUCUCUUAUUAAAGCCGCAGCACAUCUGGGAGUGGAAUUAAAUGUGGACACUAGCAGAGACUUGGCAAAUUCUUUAGAUAAAGCUGUUAAACUAGAUAAUCCAUUUUUCAAUACAAUGCUCCGUAUUUUGGCCACUCGGUGUAUGUUACAAGCCGUUUAUUUUGCUAGUGGUACAAAAACCUAUGAUGAAUUUUUGCAUUAUGGAUUGGCUGCUCCAAUUUAUACUCAUUUUACAUCUCCAAUUAGAAGGUAUGCCGAUGUGAUGGUUCAUAGACUUUUGGCUGUAUCCGUUGCAGUAGAUAAUACUACACCUGAAAUGCUUGACAAACGCAAAAUUGAAGCACUUUGCCAAACUUUAAAUACCAGAACCCGUAUGUCAGCUUAUGCUGAGCGAGCAUCAGUUGCUUUAAAUACUCAUAUAUUUUUCCGUGGAAAAAUCAGAGAUGAAGAAGGUUACAUAUUAUAUGUUAGAAAAAAUGCUUUACAAAUACUCAUACCAAAAUAUGGUUUGGAGGGAACUCUUUUCUUGUCACCCCGUAAAGGGCAAUUACAAGCUGCUACAUUCAUCUAUAAUGAAGAGGAGCAAACCCAGAGGUGUGGGGAAAUAGUUUUUCGAACUUUUGAUCCAGUAAGCAUUCAGUUAAGUCUUGACAGCAGCAAUGUUCAACAUGAAAGAAUUGUUUUGAAGCUGGUCAAACCGGAAAUACUAAAUUUCAGUGUACCAUCAAUAACUGCAAGUACAGUUGCUGUACAACAACCACAGAAGAACCCUCUUGAACCAUGUGAUUCUCCAUGUGAACCACAACCUAAAAAAGCCAAAAUUUAA